CCCGAGGGGUGGGUCCUCCGGCAACAGAAAAGGAAAACCCACCUUUUUUCAUUGUUAAGGACGCGGUGGAAUGUGAUGGUUUGAUCUCAAAAGGACCAGGGAGGGGAAUAUCCGAGAGGAAAGGACCAGCGAAAGCGACUGAGGGAAAGGGGGAAAGCAGAAAGCGGUUCCCCCCUAUCGCCUCCAACUCUCUGGUCUUGACUGAGAAUAUGUGGAUGAACUUGUCCCGGCCGUGUCGGCUGCAGCGAGCCCUACCGUCCGCACGAGCUCAACCCGCGUGAAGUUGUGGAUUUACCGUUGCGUUUUCCGGACCCGGCGGUGGAACUGCUGAGGAUGGAGAGUCUGUGGAGCUUGAUUUGCUUUAGAGGAAAGGAUGCAUCUUAAAUUAAAUGACAGAUUUGUCUGCUGAAAACCACUGAGGGAAUUUUGAAGUCUUAAAGAGACGGUGGCAAAACGAAUCAGAACAGCCUAACAAGAAAAAGGAGCUUUUCCUUGACAGCCUAAAGAACUUGGUAGCACAACGGCACAGAUGUGGACUCCCCAACAGAUUUUCAUCAGAUAAUCUGGACAACAUAGAAACUUGGUCGAUACAAUAGAAAGAAAUCUGGAACCAUGUCAGAUCAUAAAGACAUGACCCAUCGCCACCUGAAGCACAAGCUGCAGAGUCUUGGCCGAAGACUUGAUGAACUGGAAGAAGCAACAAACAAGCUACAGAAGUCUGAGGAUGAGCUUCUUGACCUACAGGACAAAAUUAUCCAGGCAGAGGGAAGUAACUCGUCCCUGCUUGGUGAUGUGGAAGCCCUGAGAAAACGUCUCUUGAAGAUUCAGGGGAAAGAUGAGGAGGUACGUAAAGCUGAGGAUCUUUGCCGCACAGUCAGAGAGAAACUGGAAGAGGAGGAAAACCUUACGAAAGAGCUAAAGGCAGAAAUAGAACGUCUUCAGCGACGGAUGGCUGAACUCGAGAAACUGGAAGAAGCUUUUGGGAAAAGCAAGUCUGACUGCAGCCAGCUCUGCCUUAGCCUCAAUGAGGAGAAGAACUUAACCAAGAAGCUCUCAUCUGAGUUGGAGACACUAAAAGCCCGUUUGAAAGAGGUGGAGGGGUCUGAGACAAAGCUGGAGAGAACGGAGCAGGCCUUGGCUAUGGAGCUUGAAAAGCUCAAGGGAUUCACCCAAACCUUUGUGAAUGAGCGUAAGAGGCUGCUAGAGAAACAAAGAGAGGAUGAGAAGACCAUUCUGAAGUUGGAAGAAAAGCUGGCGCACCAGAAGAAUCGCUUUGGCCUGUCAACGGAUUCUGGCAGAGCAGAUUUCAUGAGCUCAAGAAUUGAAGAUGAGCUAACAUCCACAGCGCUCUUAACAAGUAAGCUGGCUGGACGGAAGAAGAGCCUUGACUACUCAAAGUUGUCUGAGAAUGAGAAAAACAGCGGUCUUGAAGGCUCGCAGGAGGACAACAAAGUAAAGGAGUUGACACAGGAGGUAGAACGACUGAAGAACCGCCUUAAGCAGUUGGAGAUUGUGGAAGAGGAUUUGAAGAACUCUGAGUCCAAAAAUGGUGAGCUUCACGAAAAGUUCCAGAUAGAAAGGGACCGAGUUCGAAAGUUAAAUGAGCAGGUGGAACACCUCAGGAUGCAAUUGUGUGGAAAAGGCGGAAUCGGAGGAAAUGGAAUUGGUAACUUGGAUAAACACGGCAAUGGAAGCAGCACUGCUAAGGUCAUUGAAAAUGGCAAAGUUGAAAAUGAAGAGACUAUCCUGAAGGGAGGGUUUAGACAAGAAAAGCCUAAAUAUAGAAGUGCAGCAACUGUCCCAGAGCCAAGUUCCCCAAAACAUAGGAACAAAGAUUUAUCUCCUCAGCAUAAAUCUUGGAACAAAGAUUUCAGCAACUCUGAGAAGGGUUCUCCCAAGUCAAUGAGAAGAGCCCUGAGUCCUGCCCAAAAGAGAAGGACACCCAGAACUACAGCUACCACAAAUUCAUCUGAUAAUGGAAUACGAGAUACAGUGCGAGGAGCUGAGGAAAAGCCAAGAGGAGCCACAUACAGCUCUGUGAAUACAACUUCUAGUGAUACCAAGAAGGUGUCCGUCCUUAGUCGAUACCCUCCAGCAGCUAAUGACCAGAAGCCACUAAGGACAGCUCACAAGCAUACAGAUGACAUCAAGAAGAGCAGAGAAAAGUUCUCAAAACUGUACGUAGGUAGUGACAGUGAAUCUAACAGCUCUGAUGUCGUGCCUGACAGUACCUCCAGUACCAUGAACAGCAUCUCUGCUCUAGAGAAGGAAACGGUGCCUGUCUCCGAUCAGGAAUCAACAGACCAGAUUCAGGAAUCUGUAUCUUCUUCUAUUUCUACUAUAUCCAAAGCCAAUGGCUCAUACACAGCCUACAGAUCUCACAUCAAUCCCUUGCUGCCCAAUGACCAGGGGUCAGAGGGUCAUUCUUCUGCCUCAGAAACAGAAUCUACUGGAUCAAGGCCAUCUGAGCUGGACCCUACAGCUGAAGCAGCUGAGGCAACUAGCACAGCUGUAAGCAGUAGGACUGUAACCUCCAGGUAUUCUAGAUACCCUCAAGUCCAAGACUCGCAUUCAGAGGGUUCCUCCUCCAGGAGCUCUUUUGAUGAGGAGCUGCACAGCCGGUCACAGGGAGCUGAGGGAGGUCACCAGGGAUCCAUGCAUACUCCAGCAGGGAUUGAAAUCCAACGAGUAUGCAGUCCUAGAGAGGCACUGAGGUCAAGAGCUGUGAUCAAGCCUGCUAUUGUGGAAAUUGACAGAAAGGAAGUAAUGAUUUCAGAACCCUUGCCUACAAAUGGGAAACCCAAGAUCUCGACCAAACCAAUAGUGACUACUACCAAUAAAAUCACCAGUAGUAUAACCAUCUACCCAAAUGAUCCAAGCUCUUCCAGAACCAGCAGUCGCAGCAGCAGUGUGUCCAGUGAACCUGCGCCUAUUAAAGAACGCCACACAUCUACCAGUAACAUCGUUAUAGGCCCAAACACUGACCAUCAUGGCAGUAUUUCCGUCCCAUAUGAGAUCUCCAUACCUAAGAGUGAGAUCACUUUGCGGCCAUGCCAGGACCAGGACUGUGGGCCACACAGCCACAGUGGUUCAUCAUCAAGGUCUAAACUCCACAACUCUUCCAGGGUGGAGACCACCACCAGCCACCUGUGCUGCCAGCGCAGCAACUUUAGCCUCCAGUCCCCGGACGUCACUUCUUCAGACUUCAACGACACAGAAUCAGGAUUUGAGAGCAGCAGCAGCAGCAGCACGACCACCGUCACCAGCUGGAGAAGCCAACGGCAAAGCCAACCGUCACACGAAGACAGUUUGCCAGAUAUGAAGAAUGUGACCGUGAGAAGCCCCUGGAGGAACAAAAGCGCCAUGUCUGUGGACGAGGGAAGUCGAGGAAGGAGUACAAGAGCAAUGACAGAUGGCGGGUCUGAAGAUGAAACCGAAACUGCAACAACGUGGAGGGCUUACAGGGCAACCACCUUUGACACAGAGGACUCUGUAAACAGUGGAAACGGAGGCGGCGGAAAUGCUGCAGCACAGAAGGGAGCCAAGCCGUCCCCUGCUGAGGUGUACAUGCGUAAGAUCUCUCAGUCUCCCCCUAUGGAAACAGGAGGGUUGGGAAGGGCCAUACCCCAUGCACCCGUUACCUCUCAGUCCUGGAGCCGAUCAUAUUCACAGCAGCCACCGGCUUCUGAUAACUUGGACCCCAGUCCAAACCCAAGUCACAGUCCAGCCUCUUGGAGACGACAGAUACCCAGUAGUGAUCUGGGGACCUCUUACGAUCGGAUAAGCAGGACACCCGGAGCCUCCUCUAGAGGAGGGGAGCCCUGGUCCAGUCGGGGGCAAGGCUUAGGGGCCAGAGCUGAGGGGAGGAGCGGAGCGGGAGGCAGACCGUGGAGCCAGCGUCAGUCAGAGCAACAUUAGACCAAGUGAGGAGGAGGAUUGAAGCAAGUGGGCAGCACUCCAUUAAGCUCUCAACUGCAAAAUAAGGGCCAAGUGCUAGUUUCCCAUCAAAUCAUGGCUACAUAGAUCACCACCACCUCCAGCAGACAACAGUUUUGCAACCACACUGAACAACAAACCACCGACCUGAUGAUGAGUGUAUGCUGAGACAUGGACGCUUCUUCCUAUUCAAAACUGUUCCAGAAAAAGCCGUGCAUGGAAGGUCAGCGCCUGUACAGUGUUUUUGGAGGUUUCCUCACCGGCCAGUGUAUUAUCUUCUGCUUCUUGUGUUGGAUGUAUUAUAGUGUAAUCCUGAAACUUGACAAGGGAGAGGCUGGCACGCUGCGCAGGGCUGGAGAUUUUCCUGUGCGCCAGAGUUGGAGGAAAAUAGACUCAAGAGAGUUUGUUACAGUAACCUCAGAGUAGCUGGAAAUGUCACUUGUGCUUCAGAAUUUCAACUUUUCUUCAUCACUGAAAAGACAAACCCAAUCCUCAGUCAACAGCAGUGCAUCUUUCUCUCUCACAGGGCUGGAUUUUCCCGUAGGAUUCUCUAUAAAAACCAAACAAUCGCUACUUUAAAUGUGACCAAAAACAGGAAGCGAAUUACCCUCGGUCUUGUUUCAGACUCGUUUUUCCUUCUGAAAACCUUCAUCUAAUCCCAUCCCUUCCCCCCUUCACCAAACACAAGCCAUGCAAACGUAUCCACAAAACAAGAAGCAAACACAUCCACAUUUUUAACUUUCGGUUUAAUUUCAGCUCAUAUCCCGACUUUCCAGCACGCGGUAACCUCAAACUGGAUUUAAUUUGAGGUCUUAGAUGCUGAAUGAAGAUUUGCAUGUUUCUAAGUAAUAAAUGAAGAACACUUGAAAGAUUGUGACUCAGCAUGCUUAAAGGGUUGCCGGUUGGCUGGAUUUUUGGUGCACGCACACACACACAAAUACAAAUACAGACGUACACACAGACACAUUUUUCUUUUUUCUUUUGUCUUCACAGGCCAGGACCUUGUUUAUGUUUUUCUGUUAUUUUGAUUCUUUUGUAAUUCGCUUCCUGUUCUGCAUCAUCCUUUCGCUUUCUUCUCAACCGUGUCAUUUGAAAAAAGAAAGUGGACUGCGCGCAAUGAAAUGGAAUGCACAUGCAAGAAGAAAAAAUAAAUAAAUAAAAAACAAGAGGAUGGGGGGGUGGCAUUGUUUAUAACCUCAAACCAUGACACAGUUUCUAUGGUUCAGUAUUUUACAGCUGUUGCAACUGUCCUCAUCCAUGUGUUUUGAAAGAGCCAUAGCAAAAAUGGAGUUUCUGUUUGAACUGAACUUUGGACUUUCGAUUACCAGCAACCGUGGCCUGGCAGGGUGGACUUUUUUUUUUUUUUAGUGCUGCCAUAAGUACUGUGUACACACCAGUCAUAGGAACGACCCAAGGGCGUUGGCCUUCUAACCAGGAAGUGACAGUCCUGCUUGUACGUGACUUGGUUCGCCGUGCGAAUCGUGCUAGUGUCUCUCUUUCUUAUUUCUAUAGAGGUGUAUUAUUUUGUUACGACGAUAAACAACACCUGGUGGGUUGGUAUGUUGGAGCAAUCACUCAUUGGCAGGGGCCACUACGGCGGAGACUGUGCAGUAGAAUUCAAUUUAGCCACCGGCCAGUAAUAAAAUGAGGUGGGUUUUUUUUUUUGUUUGGUUUUUUGCUGAGGUCAUCAGAAACCCUGCUGACGUAUUCAAGUUUCUCCAUAAAGUCUAUCAACAGGCAUCGGCAGGUUCUUGAGACUGUUGCAGAAGAUUGACUGCAGAAUGACAGGCUAUGUAAACUUUUAAUCCUAGAACAAAAUUUAUGAAUGUUGCUCAGGAGGAAUGCAGCUGAGAAUGACCAAUUGCUCGAUGGCUUAAUGCUCCGAUCCAACACGACUGCAUUCUUUGUCUCUCGCAUCUGUUAAACUGUAGACGAGGGGGGAAAAAGAGAGAAAAACAGAACCAUAACUGUGACAACUCUGGACCAAGUUCUGGAUCUGUGAAAGAACUUGGGACUUUUUAAAAGCCUGCUCUCCAUCUGGCUCCUCUGCUGUUGUGGAUUUUAAUGCUGUGUUGUCGGACCCUGCUGGGGAUGAUCUGGUUCACUUAUUUUUUUUGUUUGUUUGUUUUUUGGUCUCCUGUAUUCUACCAGCCGCCAUCAAGCUGUAAUAUUUAUUAGUCUCCACAUAUGUGCAGAUUCUUUUAUUGUGAAAAGAUCUGCCUAAUGGCAGGACCUCUGUCUGUUGCCACUUUGUCACUUUACAGUUUAUGCAAGCAGGAGAUUAUAUGCAAUUAAACUGUCCCCCCCACCCCCACUGCAAUAUCUGUAACCAUUUCAGCCAUGUACAAAAAGAGGUGAUGACUGUGUAAGUGAGAAGUUUGCUAGGUUAAAACUAAAAGUUUACCUUUAGGAAUGCACAUUUUCACCAGUCUGUCUUUCCAUUAUGUUUACCUUCUUGCAGUAAUAUCUACAGCAAUCACAUCUACGCACCAUUUCCUUACACUUGCAGUAAACAUAAAUAACAUGCAAUACAAACAUGUAAGGUUUUGAUUUGUUCCGUUUGCAUUUAAUUGCAUUUUUCUUUUAUUUGAGAAUAGUUUUGGUUGACAUUGUAAAAUUAUUUUUAGGGGAAAUCCUCCCUGAACGAAGAUGAAAUAAGAUUCCCGCACAAAACGCCAAAACUUCUUUUCUAACCCACCUCCAAAGCACCCUGUUAAAGGACACGAGCCACGCCGCUGUGUGGAUUUGACUGUCAGAGUCACAGGGUGCAGCUCUGCCCCUGAAAGGCUUGCUUUGUGGCUAGCCGCCUCCGCCGGCUUUAUGAUGGCGCAAAAACGGACCAGAUGCACUAUUUAGAGCUCUCAGUGCACAAGCCAAGACAUGAUGAUCAUGUAGUCCUCCUGUGCUCCCUCUGUUAUUGUUCUACUUCUCAUUUACCAAGAGAGAAUGCCCUCUCGUCCCCAGUCUCUCAUCUUUUCGACCAAUUUUAACUUUCCUUUUAAGAUUUUGCUAAAAAUCAAGUGUCCCUUCCUCCUCCCUCUGUUUCUCUGUAUUUUCCUUAGAUUCUCACUUCCUAAAAGGAAAACCUUUGCCCUAAACAGCAGUGAUGUGUGCUACUUGUGCAAAGGCUCGUUUUAUUUAAGGCCUGUCACCAGAAAAUGAUGGGCAGUUCCCUGAGUAGCUGAAAGGUGAAAGGUCAGGUCUGGGUCUAAUCCUGUCUCUACAUCUUGAUUCAGCGCUUCUAAAUACAGGAGCAUCAAAAAUGGCCAGCUUGGCAGUGACGUGCACUUGAUGAUGAUUAAAACAUCCAGGGGGGGGUAUCGAGUGUCCGUUUCUCCCAGAUAUACACGUGCUCUUCUCUUAGUGUGUUUGUUGCUGUUGUUGAUAUGUCAGCGAGGGUUCUCAUUUAAAGCUCAAGUGGCAUCUGCAGAGCCCUGAGUUGGCUGGAGGGCGUUUGUGGGUCAGGAUGGUGAUGCAAGCACCUGAGCCACUGCCCAUUAUCCUGCCUCAUGGCCCAUAAAGUUCUUGUUACUGUUUUCCUCCAAUCCAACGUGAUACUCCACCACCGAUCCCUAAGCAGCACCACUGUGAAGCAUUUCUCUACCUGUGAGUUGUUUCUUUUGAAUCUUUCUCGUCCUUUCUUUCCCUAAAGAGUGUUUGAGUUUGGGGUGGGGGUGUCCCAGCUGUCAGAAACUGUAGGUUUUACGAUGCAUGGCAGGUUUCCCCUCCUCAAGGUCGGGUUCAAAGCAAGCCGGGCUGGGUAAAGGCCAAAGUUGAAACUCUGCGAUCCACCUUUCUUCCUUCUAAGGCCCCAAUGUUCCCAAACGCUACUGCUAAACCCGAUCGAACAUCCACUCCAUCCAGUGAGACUCAGCUGGACUCUGUGCCAGCAUGAAGACCACCUGUGGCAUCUGUGUGCGCUUAUGUGAUUGUGCAAAAUGCAACUGCUCACAGGCGACAGGUCUUACUCAAUGCUUCGAUGAAAGUUGGUGCAGUGUUAAUAUGGUGGAAUGUACUAAUUGGUUUUUGGGGGAGCUGCAGUGAUAAUUUCACAGGUUUUAAGGAUUCCGGGGCUGUUUUCUUUUCCUGAUGUCUCCUCUGAUUUGUGAUUGAUGGUUGAAUGUGGACUGAAUUACAGCAAUGGUGUAAUAGCUGCUGUUUAAAAACAAAAAGAGGCUGCUUCUGCUUUCCUGCUAGGAUACCAGCUAAGGAGUUAAUAGAAAUCCUCUUUAGAUGUGUUGGUAUAUCUAUAAACAUCUGUUAUUUUGUUUUUCCUUUUUUAAAAGUAGACUAGAACGUACUUAGUGGAGAUCUGAGGAAUGUUAGCAGGCCCUUGUCCUCAAAUGCCUCAAUUGUGAAGCCAGGGUUAUGGUGUCAUUGGGGUGUCACAGGUUGUAAUCUGCACUUAACCAGCACUUAAACAACUAAUGCCCCCUUCAAGUCCCCCAUUGUUAAGACGUUUUCUCUUCUGUGCCCCCAAAAUUGUCCGUAGCUGUUUGCUGAAUGUACCACAGCUGGUUAUGUAGGGUUUAUUAUUUGUUUCUUUUCAAGAAUCAUCUCAGCAGGUAAAGGAAAUUGGCAUGCACUCAGUGAAAACUCAUGUUUGCGUCUCAGCCUUUUAACAAUGUGCCAAAAUCAUUCCACAGUAUUUACAGUUUACAGAGAUGGUGCAAGAGUUUCGCCAGGAGGACACGGUGUCUCUUAAGGUUCUGAAAUAAAGGGGAAAUAUAAGUGAGGUUUGUCUUUUCUCUGUCAUCUCUCUUCUUAUGUAUUUUUUUUUUCUCUUUGUUAAACAAAAGAUGUCUUAUUUUGGAAUCUAUAUUGGAUAGAUUUUAUUUAAGGAAAAACUAAUUUUGUAAAGUGGGCCUUAUUACUGAAAUAUAUAAAGUAUUUGUCCAUCUUGAUUUAAAGACUUUUUUGUUUUUCGAGGUAAUGUAUCUCCUUUUUCUCUGUCACACUCCUGGAGAGUUCUUCUUCAUGUAUUUUGUGCUUGGUAGUUUUAAUGCAAGACGUUUCUCACAACUUGGAGACAUGAUGACGCACCGUGGAUGAGGAAAAAGAGAAAGCGAGAAGCCAGCGUCGAGCGAUGGUCUUUGAAGAGUGAGAGUCACGUGCGUUUUAUCAGAGCUGAGCAGGUCUCCGGUGUUGAGCGGUUCAACACGUGUCGACCCCUUUUCUCUUUUUGUGUUUCGUGUUUUCUUUUUAAAUCGGGGACCAUUCACUGCUCCAGCCUCUCGCUCAUAAAUUCAGGGUUUGUACAUCUUCUGUGCUGUAUGUUUGAAAGUGCUGCCAAAGAAAGAAGGGUGCAGGUCCCCAGACAUGUGUAUAUAUUGAAAACACACAAUCUUAACAGGAACAAUCAGAUAACAAAUUAAAAGAAUACAUUUGUUUAACUGGAUGUUCUCACUCUCUUAACGCUGAUUCAUCCACAUCUAAGAAUUUCUGAACUGUACAAAUGAGGCGUUUAUUUGUUUGUUUAUUUGGGUUUUAUUAAUAGAUGAGUGUAUAUAAAUGUGUGUGCAGAACAAGGAGACUGACAGACAGAGGUGUCAAACACAGACGUGUAUAUGUAAUUAAAAUCAGAUCAAAAUUGUUUUAUGAUUGAUUACUGCUUCUCUGUGUCAGCAAUGCCAGGCGUACUGUGUGGGGAGGCUUUUUUUUUUUUUUUUUUUUCGAUUUAAACUUAAUACAUUGUGCAUGUUUUAACCUUUCUGUGGCUGGCGCACUCUGCAUGUAGGUCUCUUGAAGCUGUACAGCAGACCAUAUGUAUUCCAAUAAAAAUAAAAACCGACCUGUUUGUA